AGAUCGCAUUCUUCGUCCUGCCGUCGUCACCGUCGUGAAAUCUGUGCCGCGUCCGCUCCCUUCUCCUCAUUGUUAUCAGUGUGACGUGUAAAUAUUUUCUCCGGUUCCGCGCGCCAUCGUGGAAACCAGCUUGGCAGAUUCCAAACUUGUCCACCUUUUUCGGAGGCGAUGGAUCACGCCAAGAUGCGGGGGCGACGCUCCGUCGUCGCCAUCAAGCCACAAGAAUCGAACUCGAAAAACGUCCGGGUUUACAUCGCCCUCGGGCUGUUCCUGGUGAUGCUGUGGAUGUCCCUGCCGACGAUGGCCGGGGGGCACCUGCACGAGCACGACCACCAUGGUCAUCACCACCAUCAUGAUGAGAGUCCCAGUUUUAAGUACUCGAAACAGGCCAACGAGCAUUACGAAGACGAGCAUCUGCACGACCACCAUCACGGCCAUCAUCAUCAUCACCAUCACGAUGAGAGUCCCGGCCACAAGUACUCGCAACAAGCCAACGAGGAAGCCGCCGCCCACCAUCACGGACACGAUCAUCACGAGCACGAUCACCACCAUGAGGGUGACCAGAAGUCGCCAACGAAACCCAAACCGGACACCUUCUACAUCUGGGUGCACUCGCUCAGCUCAACGCUCCUAAUCAGCGCCGCUCCGUUCUUCAUUCUGUUUGCCAUCCCGCUGGACAACACCGAGGAGAUGCAACCGCGGCUGAAGACCCUGCUGGCGUUCGCCUCCGGUGGUCUGCUGGGCGACGCGUUUCUACACCUGAUUCCGCAUGCCAUCCAGCCGCAUCACCAUCAUGGUGGCGAGGGUCACGAUCACGGUCAUUCCCAUGGGCACUCGCACGGUGAGGAAGGUCACGGCCACGAUAUGCGCGUUGGAUUGUGGGUUCUGGCUGGGAUUAUUGCGUUUUUGGCUGUGGAGAAGGGCGUUCGGUUGAUCAAGAAGGAUUCCCCAGGGGGGCACGGCCAUAGUCAUGGAGGGUCGGCCGCUAAGAAGGCGAAGACAACUCCGCCGCCAUCUCCGUCGAAGAAGGACGCAAAGCAGGGUGACAAGAAGAGUAAAAAGGAAGUGGCUGAAGCGGCCAAAGCCAAGGGCAAGGCCGUCAAGAAGGAACCCAAAAAGGAGGACAUCAAAAUCGCCGGCUAUCUGAACCUGGCCGCCGACUUUACCCACAACUUUACCGAUGGCCUCGCAAUCGGCGCUUCCUAUCUGGCCGGCAACAGCAUCGGAAUCGUCACGACCAUCACGAUCCUGCUGCACGAGGUGCCGCACGAGAUUGGAGACUUUGCGAUCCUGGUCAAAUCGGGCUGUUCGAAGCGGAAGGCGAUGCUGCUGCAGCUGACCACGGCCGUCGGAGCGCUGGCCGGAACCGUGCUGGCCCUGCUCGGCAGUGGAAGCGAUGCGGCCGAAUCGUGGGUGCUGCCGUUUACCGCCGGUGGCUUCAUCUAUAUCGCGACCGUUUCCGUCAUUCCGGAACUGCUCGAGGAGUCCACCAAGCUGAUGCAAUCGCUGAAGGAAAUUGCAGCCCUGCUGGCCGGCGUCGGGAUGAUGGGAACUUGUUUGAAAGCGAUCGAGGAUCGCUUGCAGCAGAUUUAGUGGGUAGGUUCCGCAUACCUUCGUGUCGCCAGAGA